AUGUCCAGUGAGGAUCUACAGGGGAAAAAUAGCACAUCCACUGAGGAUCUACAGGGGAAAAUUAACACGUCCAGUGAGGAUCUACAGAGGAAAAAUAGCAUGUCCAGUGAGGAUCUACAGGGGAAAAAUAGCACAUCCAGUGAGGAUCUACAGGGGAAAAUUAGCAUGUCCAGUAAGGAUCUACAGAGGAAAAAUAGCACAUUCACUGAGGAUCUACAGGGGAAAAUUAGCAUGUCCAGUGAGGAUCUACAGAGGAAAAAUAGCACAUCCACUGAGGAUCUACAGGGGAAAAUUAGCACGUGCAGAUCUACAGAGGAAAAAAAUAGCACAUCCACUGAGGAUCUACAGGGGAAAAUUAGCACGUGCAGUGAGGAUCUACAGGAGAAAAUUAGUGCGUCUAGUGAGGAUCUACAGGGGAAAAUUAGCACAUCUAGUAAGGGUCUACAACAAUCGUCUUGUGAGGAUUUACGGGGGAGAAUUAACACAUCCAGUGAGGAUCUUGAGGAUCUACAGGGGAAAAUUAGCACAUGCAGUGAGGGUCUACAGGGGAAAAUUAGCACAUGCAGUGGGGAUCUACAGGGGAAAAUUAGCACAUGCAGUGAGGAUCUACAGGGGAAAAUUAACAUGUCCAGUGAGGAUUCACAAUGGGAAAAAUAG